ACAGAUGUCAGUCUGACUAAAAUCCGAAAGUUUUUGUUGCUGUUUGUUUAGGUGAUUAGGAAUAAUGAUCAAUGAACAGGAAAGUAACAAUUUAUUCCGACUUACCAAAAGUUAAAAACUGACAUGUUUCAUUUUUGAAUGUCCUUUGAAAAACGCUGGCAAAAAAUCAAUUCUAAAUUUGGUAAUUUUGACACUAAUCUCCUUUGUGAAGAGUACUCCGAACCGGAAGUAAAAAAAGUAAACAACUCGGACGAAAAUCAUGGCACAAGGAGCAAAUAAGCUGAAAUCAAAAGGUUUCAACUUAAGAAAGGAGAAAAAUAGACCAAAGAAACAACAAAUGAAGAAAGGAGCAAGAUAUAUAGCACCAAAGAAAGCAAAAGUAAUGGAACAAGCAAAACUUAAAAAGGGUUUGGAUAAAGCAAUAAAGGCAAACAUAGAACAGGAGAUAACACAAAAAGUGAAGUCAGUCGAGGGGAAAACAUUCAACGUUGUCACAGCGCCAUCUACUUCUAAACAAUCCAAUGAUGCUGUAAAGACUAAACAGAAAUAAAUAUGUAGAAAAA